GCUUUAUUUUGUUUCAGCCACUGUUACCUAAGUGCACGUGAUCGCCUAAUCCAAUUUUGGCAGAACUUAUAUCCUGAUAGAACCACAGUCUGUUGAACACACUUAGUCUCCAUGGCAAAAUAGUUACUCUGAACCAAGCAUAAAACACCCAGGACUCCGGGUCGGGGAGAAGGUAUAAAUAGCCAUCGGCAUCGAGGUUCUGCUCCAUUUGAGAAGCGGAAGCAACCAGAACACAGUUCCCAGGCUGACUGGCUUCUCAGCUCCAACAUAGGGAUUGAACUGGGACAUUGACUAGGACCCUCUGCUCAUAACUUUGAAGAGACCCGUGAAAGAGGCAGUGAGGGAAGUUUUUUCCAGUCCUGUGCCAUCCUUCCCCAACAUGUGCACCGGGGGGUGUGCCAAGUGCCUGGGGGGCACCCUCAUUCUGCUUUCCAUGAUUGCCUUCCUGGCUAACAUCCUUUUGUUUUUCCCUGGAGGAAAAGAGAUAGACAACAUCAAUCACCUUUCUGAAGAGGUCUGGUUUUUCGGAGGAAUAUUAGGAAGUGGGUUCUUGAUGCUCCUUCCUGCUAACUUGUUCUUGGACCUGAAGUACAAUGACUGCUGUGGGUGCUGUGGCAACGAGAGGUGUGGGAAGAGAUUUGCGAUGUUCUCCUCCAUAAUAUUUGCUGGGAUUGGAUUCUUGGGUGCUGGGUACUCAUUUGUCAUCUCACUCAUCUCAGUCAGGCGUGGUCCUAAAUGUCUCAUGGAUAAUAACGAGUGGGGCUACCCCUUCCAUGACGGGGAUUACCUCAAUGAUGAAGCCUUAUGGAGCAAGUGCCACAAGCCCGAAAACGUGGUGUCCUGGAAUCUGACCCUCUUCUCCGUCCUGCUCAUCAUAGCAGUGUUCCAGAUGCUUCUUUGCACCAUCCAGGUGGUUAACGGCCUCCUGGGGACCCUGUGUGGAGACUGCUGCAGGGGAUAUAGAAGAGUUUAAACCACUGUGAUGACCUUCAUUACUCUAUGACAUGUGGAAAGACACAUUAAACUUAAUCUUCUCUCUUU